AUGGCUGAGAAGUCUUCUGAUUCCAGUCCUACUGAGGAAACAUCCACCCCGAGACAGGAUGACAAACAAUCAGGCAACUGGUGGGACACAUGGCUGUCUUCAGCUAAGACAAAG